AUGAUUAAAAAAUUUGUUAUUAUUAUAAAAUAAAGUUUUUAUCUGAAACUUAAAAAUGAUUAAAUAUAUGAUGGCUUUAUUUAAUUUUUAAAGGUGUUGAUAGUGAGAUUGAUUAAUUUAAGAUAUGAAAAUAUCUUCACAACUUUUAAUGUGACUUUGUUUUAAGAAAAUGCUGAUACAAACUAGUCUUAAAAUGAUUAUAACAAAAUAAUAAAGGUUAAAUCUCGAAAACCUCUUAAUUGCCUAGUUGAAUUGAUUUAAUAGGUAUCCCUAAAACAUUAUAAAGACUUAAAAUCAAAUAAGUAAAUUUAUAUAUGAUUGAAUAUUGAGAUGAAAAUAUAAGACUACUUGUGUUUUGAAUAAGUGUUUGAAAAAAAAUAUACAAAAAUGUAUCAGAAGAGUGAAUCAAUUACUCUUGAACUUAUUUUCUUAAGUUUGAUCAUUUUUUCAUGUUU